UCGCCCACAGCGAAGGUCUUCUGACUUUCUCCAUCUUCAGCACACUGUUUCCCAGGGAUGGACAAAUUUACAGCUAAUUUGCAUCAUGACGCCCAUUGCUCGCGCCAGCUAGUCCUAACGUUGGUUCGCGCAUAAACCCUAGUAUUUGCCAUGAUCUCCCAAACCCCCAGCCUGAUUUGACGAAGAAUUUCGUUAAUUCCACGCAAACUACACCAUUAAAAAUGCUCGGAGAUGGAGGAGGGAUUCCUUCCAGGUGCGAGUUACUGAGCAUGGUGAAGAAGCACUCCAAUUUGAUAGGGAAAACCGUGGUGGACGAACAGCAGGAUGAUGAUGCUUGCGACGACGUCGAACUGGACCAUCGCUUUUGGCACGAUGUCUUCGACUUGUAUUUCGUUCGUGGCAAGGAGUGCCGGGGACGCCAGGACGACGAUCUCCUAUUUUUCGUCAGAAAAUUGAGCUCGCAGGGGUAUGGUUUCAAUGACAAUGCGGAAGCUGUUUCUCCUUACUUUGUACGCAGGUGGGCACCUAAGUUAGAUACGUUAGUUGGAGAAAGUUCUGUUGAUGUGGAUUGGAGGCGCUCAUUUUACUUGAACUUUGUUGCUCACACUUCAUUCACUGUUACAGUAGCAAUUUGCAGUCAUCAGGAACUUCGGAAUCAUCAAGUUACCCAAGAUAAACCAUUGCUACCUAUAUAUAAGGUUGUGAAAACUGUUUAUGCAUCUCCAAGUCGUGUCAACUUUCAUUUGGAUUCCAAAAAGGAAGUAGAGACCACACCUGCCUAUCCGGAUAUCUGUUUUGCAGUUGAUGACUUCGAUUCCACUUUUGAUGCAGUGGUCUUAACAGAAACAGAUCACUGCUAUUGUGUACUCCUCAAUGCAAAUGAUGGGGCAGCAUUUCCUAGUGAUGAUCCAAAUCAUGGGGUAGCUUCUUGUAGUGAAAAGGAGCCACAAGAUUGCAGUUCGAGCAAUUAUUCAUCUUUGAGGAUUGAUACUAAUUUGGAAAAGACCAAAAGUACCAAGCUUACUCUUUUCUCGGGAUUUGUGAGCUAUCAAAUGGUUCGAGACGCAUAUGAUGCUGGAAAAUCUCGAUUUGGGAGCCUUUUAUCACUUGGACAUUCUGGCAAAACAGACAGACUAUACAUGAAAGGUCCCGGUGGACGUGGAGAAGUUGAAGUUGCUGUUUCUGGAGUUGCAGAUCAAAGCCAGCAGGACUCGGGCCCUUUUUCACCAGUUAUAUCGAGGAGAGGAUUUGGUAUUGGCUCAAUUGUCCGUAAAGCAGCAUCUGUUGCAUCUGUGGCAGCAAAACAUGCAUAUGCAGCUGCUGCUGCCACACCCAUGAGUUCUGAUGAUGAAAUGCUGCCUCUGAAAUGUUGCUUAAUGUCCAUUUCGUUGCCCUGGGAGUACAUUGCCCAUGACCUGUUGUUUAAGGGAACUCCUCCAGUGAACUUGUAAGGACCCUACGUUUACCCAUUGGUGAAAAUUCAGAAUAUAUAUAUGGAGGUAACUCCUGGGAGGCAAGCAAUAGAUUAUCAGAGGCAUGCACUUACUCCCUGCCAGAACAUGAGAGGAAGUUAUUUUAUAAUCUAAGUUGUACAUGGAAUCUCUCUGUAAUCUAAGUUAUACAUGGAAAUCUCUCUCCCUCUCUCUCUCUCUCUCUCUCGUGCUGGGUUGAGUGUCUCAGAGCCGUGUUAAAAUAUUGUUGGAUCAUUUUAUUUGAAGUUGACCUUUUGUAUA